CAUCCUGUCACGACUCGGUGGGACGCACGUACAAAAAGCGCCUGUCUCUCCAUGAGCGAAAUCAGUUACGCUGAAGACACAGACAGACAAUGAACGUCGUCUCCGCUUCUCAGUUCUUCGUGCCUCUUCAUCUCUGUUUGAUCAUUGUUUCAACUUGAUGUUAAAGGUUUGAUUCUUGAUUUAUCUGGAAUAAAAAAGACUAUCUCUAGGACAAGAACUAGGAUUUGCACAGUAUACCAUUUUCCUACAAGCUGGAUAUCAUUUGGAUAUUAGUGGCGUCUGUAAAAAAAAUAAUAAAGGCAGGAUGUUGUGAGGAACUUUCUUGGAAAUCCGUAUUGACACUUAUGUCUGUUGUUUUUCUUAGAUGUCUUGUUGGAGAGGGCAAAAUGACAUAAUUUGUUUUAACUGAGAUCAAACAUUUAAUUUCCACUGAUUUUAUCCUCAAAAUCAAGAGAGACGGGAGAAUCGAUAAAGAUGUGAUAAUCUGGACUGGAAACUUAAAAAUAACACGACAAACAUUACGAUUUCCCACUGAGUUUGAUGAAAACAGUCUGAGAUUAAAUGCCUCCCCUAUGCUGAGAUUAAAAAUCGGCAUUUAAUGAAGUUGUUGUUCACUGAAUUUGAUAUCGAGAGUAAGGGACUUGAACGUAUCUCCACCGCAACUAUAUAAGAUGCACCCUGCGGUGGUAGAAAAGGAUUUCUGACAGACAAUUGCACCAGAUUCUCUCACCUAUUCUGUUUCAAGGGGCAGCAUCUACGUAGACAAUUCCCGUCUCUUCUUUCAUUUACCCCUUCCCCUCGAGCAGCACGGCUGAAGGUUUGUGGUGAGUUAUUGAGGGCAAGAUACCGCGCUGCCACGCUGGAGAUCCAACCUAAUGGUUAUUGAUCAUCACAAGCACGAACACUAAACGAAAAUCGAUACGUUUGAUAUGGGACCCUCUAUCGAUGUAACGUAUCUGAAUAUUCGACGAGCAGACCGUUAUGUCAAUCGCCUAAGCUUUACAGAAGAGGAAAAUCACCAGAUAUAAUUUCAAAAAGGAAAGAAUUGUAAACUAGGAUCUCCAUUUCGCGGAGUCUUCUAAUUUUGGCGGGCACCUCGGAGCACUUUCUAGACCGUGUCGAUUUAACGUCAUAAAAUCGUCUGUUUAAAAUUACCCAGACUCUGCAAGUUCGUACAAUUUAUUUAUUGGAACCAAGGUAUUCAUGAUGUGACAAAAUUGCUUUUUAUCGGAUGUGUCCGAGAAAGGAAAACUCAUUUCGUCUCAUGUCUCCGUAUUUGUUCUGAAAUAGAAUACAUUUAUUUGAUUGCGCUCCCGCUCGUAAAAAUAGCUGAGGAAAUGAUCAGCAACUGUUCGUCAACUCGGGGAGUUUAUUGACUUGUGCCUGGGCAGCUUUCUCAAGAAGAUUGAUCGGACUUUAAUCACAGACUUUUUGUAUGAUUAUACACUUGUGACGCUCUUCAUUGACAUUUCAUUUAUAAAACUUCGUUAAUUUGAUAUUUUGGGCGCAAAAGUGUACAUAGUUAAUCCCCCCCUUCGCCGUCGAUCUCGAAAACUUUAACGAUUUAUACGUCAGUAUGGUAGUAAGCUAAUCCUAUUGAUACGCUGGAUAACUCAACCUUUUUCCUGUAAAAAUCUAGUCUUCAAGUUGAUGGGUGGCUGAGGGAGAAUCCGAUGUAUGGAUGUCACUUCUUUGUGACCGCAUUUGAGGAGAGAAGCGAGUAAGUGCAUGCACCAGAGCGAAUUUCUAUUUCUUCAUCAAAUAUUCGAAGCGUGGCUGCGAAUUCAAUUUCUUACCCAGAUAUGUGUGGAGGUAGUUUUUCGGUUCAGAUGAUCGAGUGCAUUUGGCCCCGUAAAUAAUACGGCGGUGUUUGUAGUGAAACUAGUGGAUGCGGUCAUUGAUACGAAGUGACAGCGACUGCCCCAAGUGCAGAUAGAGGAUCUCGAGAUUCGGCAGAAAAUGCCAUUAAAUGAGAAAUACGUCAUUCUAGCCUACAAGUGAGAAUCGACCGUGCUCCGUUAAAUUAAAUUGACCGAUCCUCUGGGAGUACUAUUCGAUUAUUGCUUGAAUAGAAUACCCCGCGUGUGUACACAUUUUGAAAAACGAGAAAAUAGAGAUUCGAUUAUGGAAGAAAAACUAUUGGUACAUGUGGAUUGAAACGCACUUCAACAGCUUAUACUCGACACCUUGGGGAAAAAGACCAAUGCAACAUAAUCAGAAACGUUUGGAAUGUUUCGUCUUCAUUGGGACAUUUUGAUGACACGCAAUAUCUCAAAUCUACGUUAGAUAUGGACACACUGAUUCGACAGUAGCUAAGAGUAAUAAGAGUUUAAAGAAGUGGUUACGCAAUACACUCUUAAAUAACCAAGCGUGGUGAUGCACUUGGAGUAACGACAACUCCCCGUUCUAUCUUUAGCUUCAAUCAUCGAGGACAAAAGAGUAUGUUAAUUGUGUUGAUAUAAGGCAGUCAUAAUUGUUCGCGUCUCCGCCAUACACUGACAGCGAUGCGGAAACGAGUUAAGAGAACACACUAAACCCUUUCUUGUCUCCCAUCAUCAGUGUUUGUUUGAGGAGGAACAUAUAAAUCUCGUGCGGGUUUGUGCUCUCGAGAGGAGAGUGGGUAACCGGUGCAUUGCUAAGAUAUUUAUGAGUUAUACCCCUCCCAUCGAGAAGGAAUUAGCUUUUUUACUUUAGCAGAUGGAUUAGUGAGAGAGAAGACGGUACUCUCAUGAGCUGUCUUGUGAGAUAAACAUCUGCUACUGGACAUUGAUUUGUUUCAUGUAAGCGUGAAGAGGACGUCGUCUCUACUGGGUUAGGGAUGGCUAGCAACAUGGAUGGGUACGUUGAGGUAUCCGGGGUAGUUGCGGAGAAUACCACCGGGGACAGUAUAAGUGAUCUUGACCUGUAUCCUCCAAUGAUGACCAACAUUACUCACGGAUCACCAAACAUCACGUUGAUCGCGUUCAAAGUGAUUGGACUGACAAUAAUCAUUCUCAUCGGUGUAGUAGGUAACCUCUUAGUCUGUAUAUCUGUAUGUAAGUUCCGCAACCUUCGAAUUGUUGCCAACUACUUCAUUGUUUCAUUGGCCGUAGCGGACCUUGCGGUGAGUGGGGUAGUCAUGCCCUUCGCGUUGUACCAGGAGGUUAACGGGUGGCGGUGGUGGUUAGGGGCAUGGCUUUGUGAUGUGUGGGUUUCCGUGGACGUCCUGACAGCGACGGCGUCGAUAUGGAACUUAUGCGGUAUUUCGGUGGACAGAUUUCUAGCGAUCACCAGACCCAUACAGUAUGCUAGAAGAAGAACACCGUGCAUGGCUAUGACAGUCAUCAUAUCCAUGUGGACAGUAGCUUUCUUGAUUUCCAUUCCUGCUCUCAUUUAUGUUGGAGGCUACGACACCGAAGGUACAGCUGAAGAAUGUGCGUUAAACGUCAGUCCCAUAUUCCAAGUCAUCAGCUCAGCAUUAUCAUUCUACAUCCCUUGUUUUAUUUUGCUCAUUGUUUAUUACAAGAUCUUUCGUUCCGUCAUGGCUUUGAGUGCUAAGAAGCCAGGCUUAAGAGAAAAGAUCCAAAGAGAUGCCCCGUCCAAGGUGGUAACAAUGCAAACAAACUUAAACACGGAGAGCAAGGACGACCUUGCUGUCAAACCUCAGAACGCCUUAACGGUGGAGAAUAACGGUCGGAAGAUGAGUAAACGUCCAAGCGACGACGCAAGCAGCGUUGCAGGAGCGCAUCCGCCGACGAUACCGUGUAAGCAGCAAUAUCGAGAGAAAUCGUCAACGAAAAAGAUCUCUGUUGCUCGAGAGCGUCGGGCGACGUCGGUUCUCGCAAUCGUCGUUACGAUCUUUAUUUGUUGUUGGCUUCCCUUUUUCAUCACGAACGUCGUGAUGGGUCUGUGCAAAGACUGCAAUAUCACUUUCACAAUCUUUAACAGCGUCACAUGGAUGGGGUGGUGUAACUCUGCUGCUAACCCUAUCAUCUAUACUAUCUUUAAUCGGGAAUUCCGCAAUGCUUUCCAUCGUCUCUUAACGUGCAAUACACGUCAGCAUUAUGGGAUGAGGUGAUUUUAUUCAUGAAUUUCGUAAUCGUCAUGAUUUAAAAUAUUCCUUGCCAGAAAUUUGCCACACAUUUCUGAUAUCUCAUUCUAGUGUUUAUAAAAUCGAAAUGUAUAUAUAUAUAUAAUGGUUUUACAAUUCUCUCUCAUUCGGAGCCCGUUUCUACUUGUAAUCUUUGUUCAUACACUAUUCAAACUUGCCGACAACUGAUCGGAGAGGCGUUACUCUUUGCUUUCAUAUUUCUACGAUGAGUGUCCGGAGCAGGUGUUUGGAGGGAAACACUCACUGGAUAUGUGCCGAGGAAGAUUGCUAGCCGAUGUUUUCACGCGUAAGCGAAAUGUUCGUAGUGGUUCGCAGAUGGGGAAAAUCCAUUGUAUGUUUUUUCAUGAGCAGGCGAAAGGUGUUACAGUGCGAGAUGAAUUCGAAGUGUUAAACCAUAUCAGGCAUGAAAACAAUAACCUAGUGUGAGGAUCAUGCUUCCUAUUAUAUCGCAGAGACUAAAGUGAUAAACUAUAUUUCAGUUCGAUUGUCCGUUAGGACUAUUACAUCAUCACUCCACAAACUAUCCCAGAUGACUCUAGUAACGUGCAACGUUUUGAAAGUUACUUCCUUCCGAAAUACAAACCCCAAAUCGGUCAGAUAAUGGAGCAGUUAAGCUUCAAGAAAACUAGAGAUGAAAGAAACGUAGUCACCGAUGGUUACCACCUCACAAUGUAUAUAAUCUCUACUCAAUAAUGAAGGAAACAGAGUAGUAACGUUGCAUUACAACGAAACAAUCGAAACUGAUUUUUGAUCACUUCUGCUAUUAAAACAUGGUUAUAAAAGAAGGAGAGAGAAUAAAGGAAUGGAAAACAUGUGUGCGGACAAAAACGACGAAAUGAUGUUGCGAAGAUUAAGUGAUGAUGGAUGAUAAAGGGAAUGAUGAAGAUUCUUUGACAACUGGACAUGCAUAUCUGAACAUGAUUGUGCAUUUUAUUCUAUGAAUACCUCUUGUUUGAGCCAUGGAGUAUAUAGCUACUUAAUGAUGUAUUUUAAUUACGUAAUUCAAUUAGCAUGAUUAUGUCUCAGAAAGCUGGGCUUCCCAUGUGGGGUCAAAAAGCCCUUGAAUGCAUUACGUGUUGCGAGUAAUGAUGGCGUAAUGAAAUGAUAUGUUUUGACAUUUUUAUGGCGCUCAAGAUUUAGAUACUGUGCACGAUUUAAAAAAAAUACCCCAUAAAAGCGUGAGCGAUAAGCAAGUGAGAGAAAUGAUGUCUGAUAGUUAUUUUCAUGGAUUUGGUUGACAAUUUGAUAUUUAGAUAGUCAUCUAAAAAGAGGUUACCAUAAAAAUCAAACCAUAGAACUAUUGAUCAGAUUUUAAACGGAAUAUGAUGCAAUUAAUGAUGUUGAAAAUUACCAUACAAACUAGUAACAAAACACCCAUGGUCGUCCAAAUUGUCUUGUGUCUCCAGUCCCCACCUGCCAUUCAUAUACCAGUGAUAUUAAAAUAUCUGAAGUACUAAAUUUUGAUUCAAACUUCAAAUAUACAAUAUAAGCACACUCAGUUGUAAUGUUUUGGCUGUUAUUGUCUCCAUCCUAGAGAAGAAAAUAUAUGUUUGUGUCUAAUCUACAUUAUGCUAUGUUUAUUCAAUAAUAAUAAUGAAGCAAAGGGAAAUGAGAGCCUGUCAUCUUCACACAUUCAAUGAUUUUAUUGUCAUUUGAAGAUUUGUUUAGUUAAGGUCAUGGAUAUAUAUUCACUAAGCACAGUGUUUUUUCUCAUAAUUUUGUCAUGCAUUUGUAUUCUAAAGACAAGUGUAGCGAUUGUAUGCACACAUUCACGACAAGGGAGAAAUUUUAGAUUCAGGUACAUCAUUGGAACAUUUGUCAUACAUUCUUCCCACGUAAUCAAUACGGAUGUGUUUCAUUUUGAGAAUGCUUUGCCCACCACAUUCAUCAAACAUCGCAACAAAUUGAUGUUUUGGAGGGCUUGAAGAAUGUGUAGUGCUCUCACGAUCUAUCAAACUUUGCUAUGGUGUGUCUGAAUAUCCUGUAUAGCGCUUAUUCUUGAUACAGAACUUAUAUCACCCUUUUAAUAUUCCACACAGAGCAUUGAUGUGCGAUGUAUUCACGAUAUAACCAAUCAAUACAUAUCCGUUCCACCUGUUUUUAUGAUUUUAUUUUAUGAAAGUAUCAAACUCUUCUUGAAAUUAGGCUGCAGCCUUGGACGCAACGUACAGCUGAAAUUUACGUUAUUACGUCGUAAUAUACAACGCCAGCGUGUGAUAUCAAUGUCCUAUAACAUAUUUACUGUCUGAAGUCUAUUUCAAAUGAUUAAAAAUUAAAAGUUAGAUGUGGUCGUAUUAAGGGUGUUUAUAACGGUUUACAUGAAUUGUGGAAACAAACGACUGGUGAUGUUGAUUUCAUCUUAUCCUUUCUAUUUUCGGAAUAUUCAAAAUGUUAGGCCCCUAAAGUCGUAUCUACCGUUCAAAUCAUGAAGAUGUUUGUUUUUGCAUAAAAUGGAAAAUACUUGAAUUCUUAAAGAAUUUUAAAUUUUUGAUAACCACUAUGGCAUACUGCAUCUGGUUUCGAUAAAGAUAAUAAUACAUGAUAAGAAUAGAAAUAAAUGUCCAAUGAAAUCUUACCUUCAAACAAAUUUUAUCUGCAUAUUCAUUUCUAUUUGUUUCGUGAAACGUUUUGGGUGAAAAUGUUUCCCUUCCCCAUGAUGGAAAUAUCUUCCAAUUUUCUAUUUCAUUGAUAUGAUGGCAACAAAACUUCAGUCUCGAAUUGUCUUCCUUCUUUUCCUUUCCCUUUAAUAUUUUUCCAGGUUAUUAAAUCCUGUGCAUUUCUAAUUUUAACUGCAAUGAAAAUACCUAACUGCAUAGUCAUGAUAACAAUUUAUUCCUAAGCUAGAUAUUUGGGGCUUAAAUCGUGUUUGACAGAUCCCAUUGUUUUGAUUUAUGAGUACCCAAAUUGGAAAGCGAGUGGGACAAAUUGAUUAAUACUACACUCUGCCAACCAAACAAAUGAAGGUGAAGACUACAGCUUUCUAAAAAAAACACAUUUAGCUCCGAUUUUCUAACAUUGAAUAUGACAAAAUUUGAUACCAAAAAAUCCAAAAUUUCACAAAGGUAAACAAAGGUUAUACUUUGUAAAUUACUAUUUAAUUUAUAAUUUAUAUAUUUUUUAAAAGCAUAGCCGAAUAGCCAAGAAUAUCAUACAUGUAAGUAUUUUUUAUCCGUUGUUUUAUUACUGAUUUUUUUUUUUAGUAUUCAUGUCCUUCACUUGUCAUCUUUUUUUUCAGAAAUGAAUCUUUACCACCGAUCUGAUUUGUAACAAUAAUGUACUGUAAUUGAGUCAAUCUUGAUACAUGUGAAUUAUAGCUUUAGUUAAAAUUUUAAUCAUUUAGACAUGAUUAUUCAAUUAUAAUCAUAAAUCAUUAUAAUUAAGGAAGGAUUUAGAUAUAAGGCGUAAAAAUUAGACGACAUUUAAAACAAUGUGCAUAAAAAGAGGAAAAGAGAGAGAGAGAGAAGGGGGGGGGAGGAGAAAUUACAUUACAGAAAAGGAAUGACGAAUGAAAAAGAUAAAGAAAUAAGAAAGAGAUACAGUCAGUGCAUGGGGUGAGGAGUGAAAAAAGAUGGACAGAGAAAGGUAACGAGAGCAUGAGAUAUAUAGGGGGAAAGACAGAGAGGGAGGGAGAUACGACAUAACAUUAGAGAGGAGAGGGGGAGGGGAGAUAUGAGGUGUGGAAUGUUGAUGAAGGUAUUGGGAAGGCGAGAGAAGGCUGAGAAGAAGAGAAAGAAGAAACGAAUAACAAGAAGAGGAGGAAGGAGAAAGUUUUUUUUUUUUUAAGAAUUAAAGGCGGAGAGGACGUGAAGUUACAGGGAGUGAGAGAGGGGAGGAGAGAGGGAGGCGAUGAGUUCGUUGCAAAAUUAAUAGAUUGGUAAGAGUGUAAAGACAAAACAAAGUGAGACAGGUGGGGAGAGACGGGAAAAGAUGACAAUGUCCUCACAUUCACACCAACGAAACCGACCCCAGACCGAUCAAACAAUUAAGUUACAUUCAAUAACAUACCAGCUAGUGGUUUGGAUUCGGUUAUGUUGGUGUGAGACUGAGAAAAGGAAUGAGACAAGAGGAGAGAUAUAGAAAGAAAGGAAACUUUGCUCUAUAAUACUAGAGAACUAGAAAAAAGCAGCAGUAAGAGAAAGGGAGAGAGAAAGGGAAAAGAGAAUAAAGAUAAGGGAUAGAGAGAUAAUGAGGGGGAGAAAGGGAGAGAGAAGAAAAAAAUGACAGGGAGGGGAAAAAUAGAGGGGGAGAGGGAGAGAGGGAGGGAUGAACUAAAUUCCUUUCCCAAUAUUUGUUAUGUAUCAUUCUGUAUAGUACAGGUUUCUGACUCAAAUUAAGUUGAUGAAAAAUAUGUAUUUUUUUUUCAUUUCUCACGUCUGCCAUAAUGUCCUUGUCUUAUUGCUAUACGGAAAAUGGAACUGUGAGACAAAUUAACAGGUUUAAACCAUUAAACACAAAUCUAUCAGUUUAUGUUUCUAAUGUAAUGGUGCUUAAAUGCAAUAACUUUCUCUGUGUACGAACCUACUAAAAUAUGUUUGAUAUGAAACGUUAGAAUUCGAUAGAGGUGUUGUGUGAGAUGCAGGCUUGUGGGCUUUUAUUUUCCUUCGUGCCGUCAUUAAAAAUCAAGUACAAUUACACUUUUUGUUAAUUUGUGGACGAAAUUCUAGGCCUUGUUUGAGGUUAUACAGUCAUGUAUUACGAUAUUGAGAAGAUGUGCAUAUCAUUACCGUUGUACUUACGUUCUAUUGUAUUUGUGUUGUCACGGUGUUAUAAGUCACGGACAGACGUGAGGUUGUCGAAGAGGAAAGCAUAAUUUCUUUGAAGCUAUCAUAAUUUCUCGUCUGAUAUCAUUUAUUUCCCUCAAAUUUGAGUUUGAUCACAAUUAUUAUUUGAUAUUUCAUUUUUUUGCCAAUAUAAUACCCGCCAAAAUGUAGCAACACAAUCUUGCCUCUAUCGCGUUUCUGUAUAACCUAUAUAGAGCUCUAUUUACGAGUAAGCUAAUAUUGUAGUCAUGAUGAUAAUCUAUGACGUACAACACAACGAAUUAAUCAUGACAUUUUAUUACUUACCUUCUGUAAAAUAUCAACGUUGUAUACAUAAAAGUUGUGAAUAUACGAUUAAAAUUACACGUAUUUUUCC